AUGAGGCAGGUAAAAUGGAAAUGUCAAUGGCAGUCCGUCAACCAUGGUCAUCGCGGACCAUUAAAUACUGUUUCUGGGGAUGUUUGGCCAGUCCCAUUCGGCUACACCGGCCCACGUUUCGACCGGUCUCGUGAACAGACAGAACCUGGCACCGCGCCCGGAUGGAGCACAACCCCAGGCUAUGGUAGUGGUCCAGGCCCGGGGAAGGCGGGUAGCUGCCAGGCGUGGCGACAAGGCAUUGUGUACAAUGUGCACGGCGGCAAACCGGCUCGCAAGCCCAUCGUAUGCCCUGUUGUCGUGACCUGGGGUCAGGUGGACCAGACCGCCCUCGUCGUGAGUGUCCAAGGCACGACGACGACGACGACGACGACGACGACGACGGGUUUGCAUGAUUUUGUAGGCGACAGAAAAGAAGACCAUGAGCCGUCAUCGAAAACACCCAUCAACCCAUCCCUCACAGUCCAUAUGGACCGGGGAGGCCUAAUUUUAGUCCUGCCAGACCCGCCCAAGCUCCUUGCCCCCGAUAUCAGCAGUCUCGCGCUCUCAUUUGAGGAAUCUCUGCCGAUGGUGCUAUUCCUGUUCCUUGCCCUGUAUCUCGGUCGCGCGGCUCAUACCUGCACCCGGAAGGAUAUCCCCGCAUCCUACAGGACACCAUUUUUUGAUCGGCUUAUCGACACGACAGAACAGACCAAGCCUGGACCACUGCUCGAACUGCUCGUGCAUGUUUUAGCAUGGGCCCGUGUCCUGACCCCUCUUGCCCCUGAUUUCGAGGCUGGCCCCUGGCUGCAUGUGGCGUUUUCUUUUUCCGCUGCUGACCAUGCAGUUUCCCGCUCAGACGGACUCUCGGCAGAAAUGUCGGGGGAUCGCUCCCGAGGAGUACCACUCUUAUACCAGCUACGGUACUUAUCCGCCCACCGUGCGCUAGAACAGUUCGUCGCUAUGCGCCACGAACUCGACAAUAGCCGCCGUGGACAGCCGGAAGGUUUGGGGGUUUUCCGUCUGCGCCUUGUAGAUCAUCUGUACCACGUGCCGGGAGAAUCUGCUCGAUGA